CCCGUGCCUGUGCAUCCCACCACAUCCACUGUGCAUGCACGCGCAGCCCAAAACCGCAGUUAAUCACCGUCCACUGUCAAACCGAGCAUCCGUCGAUUGCGAACUUGGAGUACCCUCUAUCUCUUGUUCCACGAUCUUGUCAGCGCCAACCGCCCACCCUCCAGAUUCUGCUCACAGACAAAGUCUCGUGUGCGCCCGCUGCUGCGCCAUUUGUCCUUGCUGCCCCUCCCCAGAUUAUCAAUUUUUGCCUCUGAUGAACACCACCGACCAUGUCUGAUUCACCCAUUACAAGCGCGCCCGUUGGGCCUCAAGAGAAGCCGAUCCUGGACAAACUGCUCCUGACCAGAGACAAGUUGCUGCUCCUCAAGCAAGACAAAAGCACCUAUGUCAAAUCCUCCGACGUCCUCCCCUUGUACGAACAGGUUAUCGAGCAAGUCUCGAUCCUCAACUCGGUCCGCGGGCCAGAGAAUCUGAUACAGAACCGAGUGGAUACAGUCCUCGAUGACUGUCUGCAACUUGUUUCUCUCUUCUUCAUGGCCGUGGGACGGAACAACGAGGCGCCUGCGCUGUACGCCAUGACCGGGAACAUCACGCGCCUUUGCCAACACCUCAAAGAAGCUGCCUUUUACAGCAAGAGAGAUUUGACUAGUUUGGAACACACCCUUGAGAAGAUGCAGACCACCCUGGACCACGGCAAGGACAAGUACUCCCAUCACCUGUUGACCCGCAUCCAAUAUCGUCUGGAGGUGUGCCGGGAAAUGCUGCACGAGUUGCGCAACUUCCUCUCUACACUCUCUCCAGAAAUGACCCCGAUAUGGGAGAAGCUGGUCUCCAUUCUCCGGGCCAUUGCGGCGUUGAAUACAAGGAGCAAGUUCAGUCAUAAAGAUUUAAACGAACUGCGGGAGCAGCUCCUGCAAAUCCAAGCCACGAUGAAAGACGGCAAGCUCCCAAACGAACAAGGGGAAGUCAAGGGGGGGCAAGACUUGGUAGUGCCACUCCUCGAAAGAUGUCUCAAGUUUACCGAUAUAGUCGAACAGAAGCAAGGGAAGAUAGACGAGCGAUUCCAGGAUACCUACGACAAACUCAUCGAAAUCCGCAACCAGCUCGACCGGCUGACCAUGACCCAAGCUUGGUCCCUCCGCGAAACCGACUUGUUUAUGUGGCAGAGGAAGCUGGAUCGUAUUGACGAUUCGAGGCGAGAUGGUAAUUUCUUCGAUGCCGAGGGCCAUCCUGCAGACCUACACGCGCAGAGAACACUCCUGUAUCUGAUCCGGCGGGGCUAUGCCUAUAUUUACCAGUUACUGAUCGCAUCCGAGCCCGUGUCGGAAGCCCUCCUUCCCAUAUACAACCAGCUCCUCACCCUACGCAAAUGUCUGGUCGAGGUCAAGAAGGCCGGCGGGGUCUCCAACCCACGAGAAUUGUAUCCCUACAGUAUGAAGCUCAACUCCAUCGACAACAUGCGGGUUGACGGCAAGUUCCAGAUCGGAAACGACAUUCCGGAAGGGCAAGGAAGUGUCAACGACCUUCUGGCGGAAUGUUACGACCUUGCUUACGAGUUGAGAACCGCGGCCGAGGAAGAGGCAGGGGACGAAUAAGGGGGGGGAGAGCAGUCUGCGAUGGGUGUUGAUAUAUUCAGUCUGGCAUGAUUCAAGGACACAUCCCCCUUCGGGUCCCCAGACAAUCUGGUCCGAAGGCUGGGGGAAGUGUUUUGCGUCAGGUCACCAAAAGACCCGUAAGGGAGCGCCCCGUGCCUUCUCAACGCCGGGUACCUAGUAUAGCUAAGCUCUGCUCGAAGCUGGGGGGAGGGGGAGUUCGUUCGCACGGAGUGGGGGGCAGAAUUCGCUGCUUUCCUGGCUCGCACGGCCUCUAUAUGGCCCCUUCGUAUUGAUCAAGUUACCUUAACAAGAAUCCACUAAGUUGCGUACCUGGGUGCAGAGGUCUGCGCAGAACGAGCAAUCUGUGCCCUCUGUACCGAGCA